CUCUGGGACAGGAGGGUCCCUUCCCUGUCCCACGACUGGGGCUGUAGCCACGCCUCCUCACUGGGUUCCUUGAGAGGACUGGGCAGACCCAGCCCUGUGAGCUGGACCACCAGUUAGAAGACAGAGGGGGUCUGGUGCGUUCAGAUCCGAGUGCCAGGGCCAAGACCUUGAGGCUCAUCCAGUAGCCACUCCCCCUCCCUCCCAGAAGGCGGACCUUGCAGCCUGGGUGCCCCCACCUCAGCCCCACUGCAGAGAUGCUGCAGCAGUGGUCAGUGCAGGGGGAGCAGGCCCCCGGGGAGCCAGAACCUGAGCAUGCGGGUGAGGAGCUGUGGGAGCAGGAGAUGAAGCGACUGCACUCCUCCCAGGAGUCCGUGCGGGUGUUGCCCUACGCCAUGGUGGACAAGCGCUUCAUCCGGCAGCUGCGGGAGCCCGAGGGGGUGAAGACCUCAUGCUGGCAGCAGUGGCGUCGCAGGCAGGAGACUGCAGGACGGCGCCUAGGGGAGGCAGCACAGCGGCUGGCCCAGGGCUGUGGGCUCUGGGAGGGGGCUCUCUAUGAGAUUGGGGGCCUCUUCGGCACCGGAAUUCAGUCCUACUUCACCUUCCUUCGCUUCCUGCUGCUGCUGAACCUGCUGACCCUGCUUCUGACCACAAGCCUCGUCCUGCUGCCUCUGGUCUGGCUCCACCCCCCUGACCCGGGACCCGCCCUGAACUUCACAGCCCUCCAGUGUCCUGGUGACCUCCAGUCCCAGGCUGGUGUUCCCAAGUUCCACAAUCAACUCUGGAAUAUUUUGACUGGCAGGGCCUUCAACAACACCUAUCUCUUCUAUGGCGCAUACCGAGCGCGGCCUGAGAGCAGCUCGGCGUACAGCGUCCGCCUGGCCUACCUCCUGAGCCCACUGGCCUGCCUGCUCCUCUGCUUCUGUGGGGUUCUGCAGCGGAUGGUGAAGGGGCUGCCACAGAAGCUGUUCCUGGGUCAGGACUACAGGUCACCUCUCAGUGCCAAGGUCUUCUCCUCCUGGGACUUCUGCAUCCAGGGGCAGGACGCAGCCACCAUCAAGAAACACGAGAUCAGCAACGAGUUCAAGCCCCAACCUGCCUCUGCCCUGCCCCCAUGCCAGGUGGAGCUGGAGGAGGGGCGGCACUUCCUGCUGGUGCAGCAGCAGACCCGGGCCCAGCGGGCCUACCGCCUGCUCACCUACGUGCGGGUCAAUGUCCUCAUCGGGCUUCUGGUGGCUGGAGCCAUCAGCGCCAUCUUCUGGGCCACCAAGUACUCGCAGGACAACAAGGAGGAGUCCCUAUUUCUGCUGCUUCAGUACCUGCCCCCUGGGGUCAUCGCCCUGGUCAACUUCCUGGGUCCCUUGCUGUUUGUUUUCCUGGUCCAGCUAGAGAACUACCCUCCCAACACGGAGGUCAACCUCACCCUCAUCUGGUGCGUGGUCCUGAAGCUGGCCAGCCUGGGAAUGUUCUCCUUCUCACUGGGCCAGACUGUGCUGUGCGUCGGCAGAAACAGGACCAGCUGUGAGUCCUACGGCUACAACGCCUGUGACUACCAGUGCUGGGAGAACUCAGUGGGAGAGGAGCUGUACAAACUCAGCAUCUUCAACUUCCUCCUCACGGUGGCCGUCACCUUCCUUGUCAGCCUGCCUAGGAGGCUGCUGGUGGAGCGGUUCUCAGGCCGGUUCUGGGCCUGGCUGGACCGGGAGGAGUUCCUAGUACCCAAGAACGUGCUGGACAUCGUGGAGGGGCAGACGGUCACCUGGAUGGGCCUCUUCUACUGCCCCCUGCUGCCCCUGCUCAACAGCGUCUUCAUCUUCCUCACCUUCUACAUGAAGAAGUACACGCUGUUGAGGAACUCCAGGGCAUCCCUUCGGCGAUUCCGAGCCUCCAGCUCCACCUUCUUCUUCCAACUGGUGCUCAUCCUGGGCCUGCUCCUGGCCGCUGUGCCCCUGGGCUAUGUGGUUAGCAGCAUCCGCCCCUCCUGGGACUGCGGCCUCUUCACCAACUACUCGGCCCCCUGGCAGGUGGUCCCGGAGCUGGUGGCCCUCCGGCUCCUGCCCCCGGGCCAGCGCAUCCUUCACUACCUCGGCUCCCAAGCCUUCAGCUUCCCCCUCCUCGUACUGCUCAGCCUUGUCCUGACCGUGUGCGUCUCCCAGUCCCAGGCCAAUGCGAGGGCCAUCCGGGGGCUCCGGAAGCAGCUGGUGUGGCAAGUCCAGGAGAAGUGGCACCUAGUGGAUGACCUGUCGCGACUGCUGCCGGAGCCGGGCCCCGGCGAUUCUCUAGGACCCGAGUCCCCUCUCUCCCGAAGUUCGCGCCCGCGAUCCUUCUGCCCCGGGUUCCCGUGCCCAGGUUCCCCGGGAUCCAGGUCCCCCAGGCCCGGGCCCUCCCUCAAGGAUCUCACAGAGUUGCGAGGUGUCCCGGUCGCCGCCCAUAGAUUCCGCUUCCCCAGCGGUUCGAAGCUAUAGCAGCGUCCCCCGCCUCCGCCGGAGCCUCCCCAGGGUCCCACGUGCGCCCCGUCGCCUCACGCCCCUGACCCCUGGUGGCCACCAGCCCUCUCCGCGGCCCUCCAGCAGGGUGCUCCAAGGCGGGGUGCAUACACCUAGGGACAGCAGGAAGGAGAUGUGGGAGCUUAUGUUUAUAUUUGAACCUCAGCCCGUUAAAGCUUCUGUUUCUGUUUGAUGUUGGAUAAUAUACAUAAUACAUUAGUAUAGUAGCGCGUGAGUGCGGUUUAUGGACACAGCCAUUGGGAGAGCGCGGCAGUUUACUGUGGGGAGUGGCCUUAGAAAAGUUUGGAGAGCGCCACCUAUGGGAAGGGGAAGGCCUAGCCACGGUGAGAGCAGACCCGCGCUGGGGACCUGCCAACCCCCCUCCCCUGUUAUUCCUGCUUUAUCUGCGAGACCGCUGAGACCCACCGAGGUUGAGAGAGAGCGAGGGGCAGAGCUCAGGUGUGACCUGCAUUGAGACAGAACCGGCGGCCCAGGAAGGUGGAGCUGCGUCUAAGAUUCCCACGCCUCCGGUCCCCGACGUGCUCAGCCUCUGAGAACACCUGAGAAGCUGGCCCUGUGCCAGAGAGUCUGCUGUGAUUGACCAGGUGCGGCCAGCAGCCGGGCACUGGGACUUUCUAAAUCUCCCAGGGGGCUCUCGCCAGCAGCCGGGGUUGAGAACUGCUGGCUUAAAGAGCUGUCAGGAGGGACGGUUAGGAGAAACCCCAGGAUGUGCUUGGAAAGCCCUUCCCACAUGAACGCAGGAACCCAGUGCCUGGCUGGGUUCCUGGCAUGGACACGGCAUUCGGGCGGCUCUGGCCUGGUGUCCUUAGCCCAGGGGCUUCACGUGGUCAUUAAAGGCUUGGCUGGUUCAGCUCC